AUGGCUGCUACUUCAUCAUCAUCUGGUGCACACGUGCGUUCAACAAGCUGGUCCGAAGAUGUUCAUCCUCUGUCUCGAGCCAUCGAAGAUCAUCUUCUGAUACUGACGCGAAAACCAGAGUCUGCUUGUCGGAAACUUGGAGUCUUAAAGAAUAUGUACGAGGUUGUCGAAGUUUUCCUCCGUUUUCAAACGACGAAAACACAAAAAGCUUUCAAAGAUUUUGAAGAUGUUUCCGACGGUUUUCUCGAGGUUCUUGAUAUCUGCAGCACGAUCAGAGACGUUUUGAUGCAGAUAAAAGAACAAGUAAGGGAACUCGAAACGAGCUUGAGGAGGAGACUGAUCAGAAGCAAUUCAGGAGGUGAUCAAGAGGCUUUCUUGACGCGUGAGAUCGACGUUUACGUAUUUAAGAGAAGAGCGUUGAGCAGAACAAUCGCCAAGAAAUUGAAGAAAACAGAGGAUAAGAUGAAGAGGAAGAAGACGAAGAAGGGAGAUUUUGGAGAUGGCAUUAAUGUGAUGAAGAAAGUUGAAGAGACGAGCUUUACUGUUUUGGUUUCUUUGUUGAUCGAAGUAGUGACGACGAAUAAGAGCAUCCAUAACCAGAGGUCGAGAAGUGGAGGUAUAGGGAUUUUUUCGAGGGUGUUCAGUAAGAUGAAUCAAGAAAUUGAUGCGGAGGAGCUGAAGAAGUUAGAAACAGAGCAAAAGAUUGAAGAAACAGAGAGAGAGUUGGAGUGUGUGUAUAAGAAACUGUUGGAGACUAGAGUUUCUCUGCUUAACAUGCUUACUGUUUGA